AUGGGAUGGCUUUUCCCCCGUUGCUCUCCUGCCUGCCUACUGGACUGUUCCCAGUCCGAGCUGACUCACAUCUGUGGCUCUGACUUCCAUAUCUAUAACUCCACAUGCGCCAUGAAGAUGGAGGCUUGUCAGCGCCAGAAGGAAAUCAGGCUGCGGCCAUUGGACCUGUGCAAUGGUAUGGAAGUGAAACCAUGUAAUGGAGAGGGAGCUGUGGUGGAUUCAGAGACAGGAGAGGAGUUGGACUGUGGUAGCGGACCUCGGCGUCAGGACUGUCCCUUGGACAGUUACUGCCAUCAGACUCCACACUUCGCCAAGUGUUGUCCGAAAGGUAGAGGCUGGAGUGUACCUGAAGGAAGCUGCCCAGGAUUCCUGGUACUGGAUGCUAGCCCGAGACCAACACUAGACAGGCUGAAUCCACAUGCACAAGAAAACGGAAUCAAGAAGACUCCUGCUCAGGGAACCUGGGACAUCCUGGGCUGGUUCCCUUCCUUGUGUGGUUGCAACAAAAUAG